AUGGGUCAGCCGAACUGCCAAACCACCCCUGGUAGCAAGCUGGCCUUGUACGACAAAUACCGCCUGUCCUACCCCACCCAAGCCAUCCAUCGUCUCCUACCCUCUCUAAGUAUUGCUGAUGGUGAGGUCUGUAUCCUUGAGCUCGGUGCAGGGACCGGGAAGUUGACGGAAGAUCUGGCUGCGUGGUCUCCCAAAUUCCGCAUAAUUGCUCUCGAGCCACACGGACAGAUGAGGGACUUCCUUGCUCAGAAGCGACUACAGAAUGUUACCGUGAUGGACGGGUUAGCCCAGCACAUUCCACUGCCGGGUGAAUCCGUCGACUGCGUAUUGGCUGCUCAGACUAGGUUCGCCAGCGUUCAAAGCCUUAGUGAGAUCUGUCGUGUGCUUAAGCCGAGGGGUAGUCUGGGUCUUAUCUGGAACGUGGAGGAUUAUAACUCUCCUCGGUCGUUUCAGGUGCAAACCAAGUGGGAGGAACAGCUCCGCAAGUUCAUAUGGGCCCUUGACGACGGACAGCCGAGGUUAAAAUCCGAGAUGUGGCAAUCCGCCUUCGACAGUUCAGUUGCCAAGCAGCUCUUCCGUUUACCAUUGAACCUUGAGACUUGGAGGCUGUCCUAA